UGUAAAAUCAACCAAUGACAUUUGUGCGUAGCACUUAAAGGCCUAACGACUUUGGACGUUACUGUAGACGUGUGAAGCGCUAGUGUUUAUUGGUUUUACAUAUUUCUGUCAAUAGUUUUACAAUGACGUCGUGCCCGUUUUUGCGUAAAUUGUCUCCUACUGUGAUUCAAAGAGAUAUUCAACAGUUGAUCCAAUUAAUACCAAGAUGUCCGUUUGCUAGGCGUUUGUUUGAUGGAACUCCACUUUCCAGUCCUAGAAUGUAUUCAGAUGUCGCUAUGGAGCGUCAGUCAGAUGAAUCAUCAGUUUGUAAGAAUGUCUCAGAGUGCUUAUUGAAAAAAUGUCCUUUUACGGUCAAUUCAUAUGAGUCAACAUGUUCAAAUGAUUAUCUGUGCGCCCAAACCUCUAAUAAUCACGAAAACGAGAUGUAUCAAAACCAGUUAUGUGGGAUUUCUGAUGACAUAUGUAUUCCAAACACGUGCGCCUUAUUCGCUGGUUGGCAAAAGAGUAUAUUUGCGAGAAAAAGUCUUCAGCCAACAACAGACAUAACGAUAAAGAACGCUGAUCCAGAACAUUCUCAAACAAUCGAUUCGGUGCGUAAUGAUGGUGAUAGCUGCCUAGGUUUCAAUUAUAAUAAGUUUUUCGUGUCUGAAGUAGAAAGAAAAAAAAGAGAUUCUACUUAUCGAGUAUUUAGGAGAAUUUUAAGAGACGCAUCUGAAUUUCCGUUUGCAGAUGAUUAUUCUAGUGGUAUGAAACGUCGUGUAGCUGUCUGGUGUUCCAACGAUUAUUUGGGAAUGAGUUGGCAUCCUAAAGUUCAAGAAGCUGCCAUUUCUACCAUACGUAAACAUGGUGUUGGUUCAGGUGGAACACGUAAUAUAUCUGGUAACUCAUUGUUACAUGAAUCAUUAGAAGCUGAAUUGUCAGAUCUUCAUGGAAAACCUGCAGCUUUAGUAUUUACAAGUUGUUACGUAGCUAAUGAAGCUGUAUUACAUACUUUAGGAACUCGUAUACCGGAAUUAACAAUAAUCUCUGAUGCUGGCAAUCAUGCAUCAAUGAUACAUGGGAUUCGAACUAGUCGUUGUCCAAAAAUUAUCUAUAGACAUAAUGAUGUGAAACACUUAACUUCGUUACUUGCAAAUAUACCUAAGGAUUCGCCGAAACUAAUUGCUUUUGAAACAGUCCAUUCAAUGUCAGGUGAUGUUUGCCCAUUGAAGAAUUUAUUAGAUGUUGCUGAAGCUAAUAAAGCACUCUCAUUUGUUGAUGAAGUUCACGCUGUUGGUUUAUACGGUGCACAUGGAGCUGGAGUUGCUGAACGUGAUGGUCAGAUGCAUAGGAUAGAUGCAAUUACGGGUACACUUGGAAAGGCUUUUGCUAGUAUCGGAGGCUAUUUAGCAGGAAGUUCUGAACUAGUUGAUAUGAUCCGAUCUUAUGCUUCUGGAUUUAUAUUUACUACUUCACUACCACCACAUUCCUUGGCUGCUGCCCAAACAAGUAUUCAAAUUUUGAAAUCUUCUGAAGGAAAAGAACUUCGUGCAGAACACCAAAAACGAGUAUCUAUCGUACGCCAAAGUCUCCGUCAAGCAGGAUUGCCUGUGAUUGAAGCGCCGUCACAUAUUAUUCCACUACAUGUCGGUGAAGCGAAGCUAUGUACGAAAAUAUCAGAAGAACUGUUAUCCGAACAUAAUAUAUAUGUGCAAUCGAUAAAUUACCCAACUGUAGACAUAGGAGAUGAACGUUUGCGUAUUGCACCCACACCGCAUCAUACAGAUAAACUAACUGAAGAACUAGUGGAUUCUUUAUGUAUGGUAUGGAAAAAAUACAAUUUACCUUUGAAUGUUGAAUCAGCAAGAAAAAUCACCCGACAAGCUGGUUAACAUUGAAGAUAAACAAAUUAUUAAUAUUAUUUGAUUGUUAGUUUAAAGUAGGUGAUCAAACACAAAUUCGAUUGUUUAGUUUUAUUUAUUUCUUAACCAGUCAUGUAAAAGAAUGUCUACUUAAUUUGAAUAAAAUGUUAGUUUAACAAUU